GGGAAGGGAAUGGCGCUCCGGGAUGAGAGCAAGCGGACAAUGCGCGUCGCCGUCGUUGGCUGCGCUCACGGCGAGCUCGACAAGAUUUUCGCCACUGUGAGGCAUGUGGAGGCCAGCGAGGGUUUGAAAAUCGAUCUGCUGCUGUGUUGUGGUGAUUUCCAGGCCGUAAGGAAUGAGCUUGAUCUUCAGUCGCUCGCUUGCCCUCCAAAGUAUCGCUCUAUGAACAGCUUUUGGAAAUAUUACGCUGGAAUAGAGACUGCUCCGUGCACGACUGUUUUUAUUGGAGGAAAUCACGAAGCCUCGAACUACUUGUGGGAAUUAUACUACGGAGGAUGGGUGGCUCCGAACAUCUAUUAUCUGGGAGCUGCCGGAGUGAUCUGGUUUGGCGGGCUUAGAAUCGGUGGCUUGUCAGGAAUUUAUAAGCAGCAUGACUACCAUCGAGGGCAUUUUGAGCGGCCUCCUUAUAAUCUUAAUGAGCUACGUUCUGUUUUCCACGUCCGUGAAUACGAUGUGCACAAGCUUCUCCAAAUCAAAGAACCAAUCGACAUUUUCAUGUCGCACGACUGGCCUCAAGGUAUCGCACAAUGUGGAGACUUGCAGGGGCUUUUGCGUUACAAGCCCUUCCUUCAACAAGAGAUUGCAGAUAAUGUCUUGGGAAGUGUGCCUGCCAGAAAUGUGCUUCUGAAUCUGAAACCGUCGUAUUGGUUUUCGGCGCAUCUUCAUGCCAAGUUUGCUGCUAUUGUAAAGCAUGGUGACGAGAAGACUACGAAGUUCUUAGCGUUGGACAAAUGCCUACCGGGUCGCCCGUUUCUGCAGGUUUUUGAUUUUCCCACGGCCGACGGAACAUUGGAGGUCACCUAUGACAAAGAAUGGCUGGGAAUAACACGAGCUUAUCACUCGUGUUUUCCUUUGGAGAGGGUUGUGAGGACUCGGGCGUGUUCAGACAUCAAAAUCCAUCGGGACUGGGUCGAAAACCUCUCGCUCACAAAGAGUUUGAUUCCUUCUUCGUUUCAACAGACGGCUCCUAUAUAUGAUCCUCACAGAAAACUAACCGGUCCUACUGGCGUUCUUUCCACAGGGCAUGCCCAAAAUCCUCAAACGGAAUACUUUCUGGACCUCCUGCAGUUGCCGUAUUUGCUUGACGCGACACCCGGACGAGCUCAAGCGGGUCCCGUCGUGGAUUUCAACGAAAUCCGUCUCGAAGAUGAAGAAGAACACGAGAAAGGCUGUACGGUGGCUGAUCCCAAUGAGAUUGUGCUGGCUAACGAUGAUACAGACGCGACUUUGCGGUGAUUCUAGAAGUUCGACACGCAAUUGCUGUCCUCGAUUCCCAACUUGGUUCUGUGUAGCAGUCAUCUCAUCCUGGAUCUUUUCUCGCUCUGUGGGAGAUGCGCAUCCAUCCUUUACGCGUCCCAAUGGCUCAUAGGACGAUGAUUUGGAGUUGGAUACAAAGUGACAAUCAAUGUGUUGGUGGUGGAAUGGCUGUUGCUGUUCUUGCAGCUCCACUGUGCUCUGUCGUCUCUCGGAGACACUGCUGCCCUUUCUACUGCUCUGAGAGCCAGCACAGACGAACAAGGACUUCAUUCUCCCCGCCCAGCCUGUAAAAGCUAAAGUUUGAUCACAAAAACCAUGCCACGAGUUUAAUCAAAGACGAGUACAUUGUGUUGGAGUGCUUCGCUCAAAGAAGAUCUACUCGCGGUGUAAGCAUAGAAGUGAAAGUACUUUGCGGACAAACUUAAACAUCCUUUCAAUCCAUAGCUUUGCUUCUCAGGUGGAAGAAGUAUAGAAGCUAUUGGAGAUCAAAAGUUCUUUACGGACACACUUAAAAAAUUCUAACGAGAAGCUCCUCUCUUUGAUUUGUGCUCUA